UUCAUAAAAAUCGGUCGCAGAAAUCGGGGAAAUAGUAUUUGAGUUAUUUUUGUGUCACAUGGACUCGUUGUGACUCAAUUUUUAUUUUUUCAGCUUUAACCAUUGAGUAAGAAUAUUUUUACUCAAUGCAUACUCCGAGAAAUACUUGUCUCAACCAUUUUGUUGGAACUGCAGGGAAUAUAUAAUGCCGAUUGUACAAACCGUUUUGGGCACAAUUGAACCCAACUUAUUGGGUCGCACAUUAACGCAUGAGCACAUAGCUCUCGAUUUUGAAGGUUUUCAUUGCGAACCUCCAACAGAGUUCAAAUCAGCACUGGAAAGCAAAAUAUCUAUGGAAACAUUGGGCUAUAUACGGCAAUAUCCAUAUUCAUCACUGGAAAAUGUUCGUUUUUAUGAUGAAAAUUCACGAGAUGCUGCCAAAAAGGAUGUGGCUUUAUACAAACAAUUUGGAGGUGGAACAAUCGUAGAGAAUAGCUCUCAUGGAUUGAAGAGAAAUUUGGAUUUCAUGGUUGAUGUCUCCAAAAGUACUGGUGUGCAUAUCAUAGCUGGAACUGGACAUUACAUACAUGAUGUCCAGGACAAAAAGGACACCUCACUAACAGUCGAGCAAAUGACUGAUAUUUAUUCAAAGGAGAUUAUAAAUGGUGUUGAAGUAGAUGGUGUUGGUAUGGUGAAGUGUGGUUUUAUUGGUGAGGUAGGCAGUACAUACCCUAUACAUGAUUUUGAAAAACGCGCCAUACGCGCUACCGGUGAGAUACAAGAAGUUUUAGGUUGUGGUGUUUCAUUUCACCCUGGUCGAGAUUCUGCUGCACCAUUUGAAAUAGUACGUCUUUACUUAGAAGCUGGUGGACGAGCUGAUAAGUGUGUUAUGUCGCAUCUGGAUCGAACCAUAUUUGAUAUAGAACAAUUAUUGGAAUUUUCCAAACUGGGCUGUUAUUUACAAUAUGAUCUCUUUGGCACUGAGUGCUCUUUUUAUCAGCUUAACCCAGCUGUGGAUAUGCCUUCUGAUGGCCAACGUAUAAAUAAUCUAAUAAAACUGAUUGAAGAAGGUCUAUGCGAUAAAAUUUUGAUGUCUCAUGAUAUACAUACUAAACAUCGUUUGACGUCUUAUGGUGGACA